GUACAAUAUACCAUAGACAUUUAUACUAAGAAUGAAUGUUGGUUGUGUUUUUAAUAGUUUCAACGAACUUAAGCAAGCAAUUAAAGAGUAUGAAAGAUCGUGUUUUAUAUCAUUAUAUGUUCGAGAUAGUCGAACCAUUGAUUUAGCAAUCAAAAAAGGAUUAAAGCGUUAUAUAAAUAAAGAAUUAAAAUAUUAUUAUCUAACAUAUUAUUGUUACCACGGAGGGCGUCAGUUUAAGUCAAGAUCAAAAGGUAUUCGUCCAAAUCAAAGCACAUAUAACAUUAAAUGUCCGUUUACUAUUUGCAUUGGUGUUAGUGAAGAUGGAGAACAGUUCUGUGUUACCAAAGUUAUUAAAGAGCACAAUCAUGCAAUUGAUAAAGUAAAAUAUUCUUUAUUUAGUAUUUACUCAGAGUAAAGAAUUUUUCUAU